UGGGCGGGGUGUGUGGCGGGACAAACACAGUGGCUCUAGUAGUAGAGGCUCUACUGGAGGUCUCUAGUUUUGUGAAGAGAUAUAGAACUUCUGGUUGAUGCUUCCUAGCGUCUAGGAUACGAGUUAUUGCACUCUACUUCCUAGCCUCUACUUUUAACUUGUAAGACCCGCUGACACAAACAUUUUGGCCACACUCAAAAUGGCAGAAAUCGUGACGCCAGGAACGUAGGAAACGCGCGCAGAAGCGGAAGUACGAUUACUGCCUACAUGUGCUGCUUCCUAAGGGUUGAAAACCUGCGGAGUUAAGGGCUAUUUAACGUCCGGAGUGAGUGAUACUACCCCAUCCCGCCAUGGGCAAGAAAGGCAAAGUAGGCAAGAGCCGGCGGGACAAGUUCUAUCACUUGGCCAAGGAGACUGGUUAUCGUUCGCGCUCUGCCUUCAAACUGAUCCAGCUCAAUCGCCGCUUUCAGUUCCUGCAGAAAGCCCGGGCCUUGUUGGACCUGUGUGCUGCGCCUGGCGGAUGGCUGCAGGUGGCUGCCAAGUUUAUGCCUGUAUCCAGUCUUAUUGUAGGAGUGGACCUGGUUCCAAUCAAGCCUCUCCCCAAUGUGGUGACUCUCCAGGAAGACAUCACAACAGAACGCUGUAGGCAGGCCCUGAGGAAGGAGCUGAAGACCUGGAAAGUUGAUGUUGUGCUCAAUGAUGGGGCUCCCAAUGUGGGGGCUAGUUGGGUCCAUGACGCUUACUCACAAGCUCACCUAACUCUGAUGGCUUUGCGGUUGGCUUGUGAUUUUUUGGCCCGUGGUGGUUGUUUCAUCACAAAAGUCUUUCGUUCCCGAGACUAUCAGCCCUUGCUGUGGAUCUUCCAGCAGCUGUUCCACCGUGUCCAGGCCACGAAGCCCCAAGCCUCUCGCCAUGAGUCUGCAGAAAUCUUUGUAGUCUGUCAAGGAUUCCUGGCUCCGGACAAGGUUGAUGCUAAAUUCUUCGAUCCCAAGUUUGCCUUUAAGGAGGUUGAAGUUCAGGCUAAAACCGUUACUGAGUUGGUGACAAAGAAGAAGCCAAAGGCUGAAGGCUAUGCCGAAGGUGACCUUACUCUCUAUCAUCGAACCUCAGUUACGGACUUCUUGCGAGCCGCCAAUCCUGUUGACUUCCUCUCCAAGGCCAGCGAAAUCUCAAUAGAUGAUGAAGAGUUGGCACAGCACCCAGCUACAACUGAAGACAUUAGAGUAUGCUGUCAGGACAUCAAAGUGCUGGGGCGAAAGGAACUUAGGUCUCUUCUGAAUUGGAGAACAAAGCUUCGGCGAUAUGUGGCCAAGAAGCUGAAAGAGCAAGCAAAGGCAUUGGACAUCAGCCUCAGCUCAGAAGAAGAAGAAGGUGAUGAAGAAGAGUCAGUAGCUGAGACAAAGCAGGCGCCAGAGGAGGAAGAAGAGAGGGAGGAAGAACAGCUUAAUCGGACUCUGGCAGAGAUGAAAGCCCAAGAAGUGGCAGAACUCAAGAGGAAGAAGAAGAAAUUGCUUCGUGAGCAGAGGAAGCAGCGGGAGCGUGUCGAGCUGAAGAUGGAUUUGCCUGGAGUUUCUAUUGCAGAUGAAGGGGAGACAGGCAUGUUCUCCUUGCGAACCAUCCGUGGCCAGCAGUUAUUAGAGGAAGUAACACAAGGAGACAUGAACGCUGCAGACACCUUUCUGUCUGAUCUGCCAAGGGAUGACAUCUAUGUGUCAGAUGCUGAGGACGAUGAUGAUACUUCUCUGGAAAGUGACCUGGAUCCAGAAGAGCUGGCAGGAGUCAAGACACACUCGGAUCUGAAGGAGCAGAAGUGCUUGCGGUUUGCUCAAGUAGAUGACAAUAAAGAGGAAGAAGGAGAAAAUCCAUUGCUGGUACCACUAGAAGAAAAGGCAGUACUGCAGGAAGAGCAAGCUAGCCUGUGGUUCUCCAAGGACGGCUUCAGUGGGAUAGAGGAUGAUGCUGACGAAGCCCUGGAGAUCAGUCAGGCACAGCUGCUGUACAAGAGCCGUCGGAAGGAGCAGCAGCCAACAGAUCCACCUCCACCACCUACUAAUUUGAAGACUGAGAAGAAAUCUCCCCAGUGCCAGAAUGAGGCCCCUAAGGAGACAGAAGCCAUCUUGGGGACAGAGGCUGUCACUGACCCUGGAGGGGAGGAAAGAGGCAACAGCUCAGAUAGUGACAGCAGUAGUAGUGAGGAUGAAGACAGUUGGAAAGUAUCCCGUGGUGUGAAGCGAAGCCGUGGCUCUAAGGCAGAGGAGGAUGGGUUUGAGGUGGUGCCUAUUGAGGACCCAGUGAAAUACCGAAUUCUGGACCCUGAAGGCCUUGCUCUAGGUGCUGUUAUUGCCUCUUCAAAAAAGGCAAAGAGAGACCUUAUAGAUAACUCGUUCAACCGGUAUGCUUUUAAUGAAGAGGAGGGAGAACUUCCUGAGUGGUUUGCACAGGAAGAAAAGCAGCAUCGGAUACGCCAGCUGCCUGUUGAUAAGAAGGAGGUGGAACAUUACAGAAAACGCUGGCGGGAAAUCAAUGCGCGGCCCAUCAAGAAAGUAGCUGAGGCCAAGGCCAGAAAGAAACGGAGGAUGCUGAAGAAGCUGGAGCAGACCAAAAAGAAGGCAGAAGCUGUGGUGAACACAGUGGACAUCUCGGAACGAGAAAAGGUGGCACAGCUGCGAAGUCUCUACAAGAAGGCUGGACUUGGCAAGGAGAAACGCCAGGUCACUUAUGUUGUAGCCAAAAAGGGUGUAGGCCGUAAGGUCCGGAGGCCAGCUGGAGUCAGAGGUCAUUUCAAGGUCGUGGACUCUCGGAUGAAGAAGGAUCAGAGAGCGCAACAACGGAAGGAACAGAAGAAAAAACACAAGCGCAAGUGAGCGGAGUUGUCUGCAAAGACUGAAAGACAGGGAGGGGGUGUACGGUUCUCUCUGGAGGCUUGGUAGGAUUGGGAGAGCUGCUACAAGAGUACCAUGAAAGCACCGAGGAAACAUUUCUUCAUCAUGUUAGACUGACAACCCACAUUUUGGCUUGAGAUGGAACUUGGGAUGGGAACAAAUCUUUUAUAAGCCUUCAGGGGGGGUUCAGUAUUGCUGGCCUUUAUUGUAGCCUGUGGUUCCUUCGGAGUCCUCUCCCACCCUUUUCCAGUAUUUGAAUAAAAAGAUAAAA